GUGUCGAAGAUCAACCAGGACCGGGGCUGCGUCGUCGCGCCCUACAACGACUCCGACGCCUGCAGCCUCUACUGCAUCUUCGACGGCCACGGCGAGCACGGCGACGGCGUCUCCGAGUUUGUGCUCGCGACGAUCGUCCAGGAUUUGGAGGCGCACCCGGACCUCCACGCGGCGCCGGACGUGGCGUUGAAGGCGACGUUCCUCGCGACGGACAUGGAGCUCGCGCGGUCCAACGUCGAGUCCUACUACAGCGGCACGACGGCCGUCGUCUGCUACCGCGUCGACGACACGAUCUUCACCGCGAACGCGGGCGACUCGCGCGCCAUCGUCGCCGUCAAGGACGGCGCCGGCCGGACCUGCGUGCCCCUGUCCAUCGACCACAACCCGAACGCGCCGGGCGAGCGCGAGCGCAUCGUCAAGGCCGGCGGCUUCGUCUCCGACCCGCCCGAGGAGGGCCUGUCGGCGCGCGUCUGGCUCGACCGCAAGUGCACGCAGGUCGGGCUGGCCAUGGGCCGGUCCAUCGGCGACAACGCCGUGAAGCGCAUCGGCGUCAUAGCCGAGCCCGAGGUGCGCACGCACGAGGUGUCGGACCGCGACGACUUCCUCGUCAUGGCGACGGACGGCGUCUGGGAGUUCAUCCCCAACGAGGAGGCCAUCGAGCUCGUGGGCCAGUUCUUCGACUCGGGGGCCGAGAACGCCGCCAAGGACGCCUGCAAGUCCCUCAUCGACCUCGCCGUGAAGCGGUGGCGCGACAUCGAGGGCGACUACCGCGACGACAUCACGGCCAUCGUCAUGAAGCUCGCCACGCAGGACCCGGACGCCGCGCUCUGA